CGACGCUCAAUUGAGUGACGAAAGUGAUUCCAUCCACCAUUCCUUCCUCUGUACACACAGCCCAACAGCCAUGCAGUCAGUCGCCACACAUGCAAUGCUGUCCCACACGAGACGAGUCCACGGAUGCCCACAUGACCACCGUCUUGGCCGCCUCGCCCUCCUGUCUGUCUGUCUGUCUGUCUCCUCCUGUCUGUCUGUCUGUCUGUCUCCUCCUGUCUGUCUGUCUGUCUGUCUCUCUAUGGCUUGAUGCGGUGUUUGUCCAGGAGUUUCUUGUCCACCGAGUACUGCAUGAUGGCGUCAAACAGCAACUCCACACUGUAGUAGCUCACCACCCUGCUCCGAUACGUCGGCCUACAAGACACAUGACACACAACAACACAUGACACCAGCCAGAUAGCAGGCAGGCUGCACUGCACUCACUUGUAUUUGGGUGUCUUGAGGUCGUGAUCGGUAGCGAUACAGAGGACGGUGCGCGUGCCGCCCCGCGAGUCGGCCUCCUCGUUGCUGUCGGGCACCUUGGUCGUCGAACUCCACAAGUCGCCACCAGCAGCUGCACAGAAAGCAGAAGGCAGCACAGCACGCACAUAGCCGCAGCCGCCUAGAGUGUGUGUUUCGGUUCCUUUCAUCCAUCCGUACCUUUGACGAGGAGGGGCAGCAGUGGGUGUUUGGGGUCGUCCUUGACUGAGGGGCACAGGUGCACCGUCGCGUGGGACAGGAUGGGCUCCUGGUGCGCCUUGGCCAGCGUGUCGGCCAGACGAAACGAAAACUUCUUCUCGGCUGAUGAAUCCUAGAUACACUCAGAACCAAACACAUACACACGGUCAUCGACCGUGUGGAGGCAUGUGUUCACUUAUCUCACCUUAAGCAGAUAGUCUUGGGCGUCGAGCAGACGGCCGCCGGAGCCACGAGUGGAAGCCUGGCUCCCCGUAUGGCCCUCAACCCUGCACAUAGUGACCCACCAUGGUCCACACAUCAACAUACAGUCCUCCAACAGCCAAAGUCCUUCUCCAUCCCUCCUCUCCCUCCAUCGUCCACUCACUUGGCGUCGUUGCAGGCGUCGAUGUACUCUGGAGUGACGAUCGGAAUGCCCGCCGCCAUGCCGUACAGCAACUUGGUCGUCCGCUUCGCUGCAGCCACACACACCGGACCACACCAACACAGGCGCAUGGCAUGGUGAAGACAAGAGCCCCCCCGCCUCCCCUUCUCCCUGGUCUGUCUGACCUUCCUUUGCGAUGAUGAGUGUGACGGGCGGGCUGUCCUCCCAGCCGCCAUCAUCCUUGUCCUUGAGCAGCCGCAGACCCAGCGACUGCACCACAUGCUUGUUGAGGCUGUCCGGCCUGCAGCCGCCCGUCGUCAGCACACCGCCCUUGCGCACCGGGAAGCCCGCUCCUGCUGCUGCUGCUGGUGAGGGAGAAGCGGCCGCGGCUGACACAAAGACAGACAGACAGACAGACACGAUGUGUGUGAGGGCGACCGUGUGCUGUACCUGGGGAUAAAUGACCUGACUCCUUCUUGAUACGUCGUCGUGGCGGCGGCUGUCUGUCUGUUCGCUGGCUGCGCCCGUCAUCCGAUGAUGGCUCGCGCCGACCCCUGUUGCCCCGCCCACGACCGCCACCCCUCCCGCGCACAGCCAUGACCUCACCAUCACGACCGUCUGCACCGUCGUUGCUGCCUGCUCGCCCGGCGGCACCUCCGGAAGAACGGCGAAGACGGGACGGGGCAUCCUCAGCUGACACGAAAGACACAAAUGGCGGAGGGAGAGAUAUCAAUGAUCGGUGUCAGGUAUUUCGCGCCGGCGUCUCACCUGAUGCGAUGGCGGGAGGGUGUUGGUCGUCGUCAUCGUCAUGCGAUGGUGUGGCUCGUGAGGCAGGGGGCUUCUUGCGUUUCUUGCGAGGGGGCGCGGGCGGCUCGGCCACUGCGGGCUCGUCUGCCGCCUCGCCCUUCUCGUCAGCGUCCAUCAGGUCCGCCCUUCUGCCCCUCUGAGGACGCUCGUCACCUGAAUGAACAGUUCGACACACACGCACGCAUCAUGGCGUGAGUCAGCGGUAUGUGUGUGUGAUGCGAUGGCCAUACCGUCCGGUGAUUUGUCCACUGGGGACCGUUUCCUCUUCGGACGUCCCUUGGCCUUGCCCUUGGGCUUGCCGGUGGCCUUCUCGCCCUCAUCGUGAUCACCACCGUACUCAUCUGAGACAAAGGGACAAGGAUUCGAGAAUUCGCAGAUAAUGCCAUCUUUGACCCCCCCGUGCGUGUGUACCGUUCUGGUCGAUGGGAUGUCCGCUCGCCUUUGCCUGUUUCUUGGCUCUGGCCGCUUGGCGUUUGCCCUUGGCCUGGGGCCUCUUGCGGUCCUCGUGGUGCUCGUCUUGGCCAGCCGCCACUGCAGCGGCAGCAGCAGCAGCAGCAGCACUCGCAGGAGUCGCAGCCGGCUCGCCACCCUCGUCGACAUCCAUCGCCUUCUGGUCCCGACCAUCUGACAAAUGCAUCACAGAGCGAUUCAUUCGUUGUCGGCACGCGUUGAUCUGACCUGCCAGCGUACCUUCUCCCUCGUCCUCACGGCUCUUCUCCUCCUGCUUGACGUGGACCGCCUCCCUGCCCCUCUUGGCACCGCGGCCUCUCCUGGCCGUCGCCCUUAUCUCAGGCUCGUCAUCUCUGCCUGCAUCGUCUUCGUCAUCCUCUUGCUUGACACGCGGCCGCAGACCUCCGCGCCCCUUCUGCGGCGGGUGCGGCUCGUCUGACGGGUCGAAGGGCUUCGGCCGUGGCUUGGGCGUCCUACUCGAGGGCAGAAGACCAAAAAGAUAAGAAGAAUGAGCCGAUAUGAUGUGGCGGUGUGGGUCGGCUCUGGCUUCCCGCGUUCUCACCGUUUCUUCCUCUCCUGUGGUGGUGGUGGUGGCGGCGGUGGUGCUGGGGCCUCUUCCUCGGCUGUCGCCUCAGGAUGCGGCUGGUGGCCAUCGUCGUCCACUUCCAUCUCGCGCACUUCGUCCCCGGCGCCCUCAGGCUGUGCCUCAGGCGGAGCCGCCUCUUGCUGCUGCUGAUCCGUCAUUUCCUCCUCUCCGUGGUGGUCAAGUGCAGCUGCCGGCGCUGCAGCUGCUGCUGCAGCACUGGCUUCAGCCGCCGCUCCCUGCCGCUCCUCCCCGCCCUCUUGCGCUGCUGCAUCCUGCUGUGCUGCCGGUGCAGCAGCUGCUGCUGCUGCUGCAGCUGAUGAUGCCGCUGGAGUGGGAGCUCGCUCGCCUUCAUCCGCCGAUCUAUUGGCCUCGCCGUGACCGUCACCAGCCGCUCCUUGCCCCUCCAACUCACCCUCACCCUCAUCUCCCUCGUGCUGUGGAGCCGCCACUGCCUCUUCCCCUCCACCACCUGUCGGCUCCUCUUGCUGCCGACCCCCAUCGUCGGCUUGUUGCUGGUCGCCGCCUGCUGCCCCAUCGUCUAGCGGGGCAGCUGCUGGUGGUGCAGCUGCCGGGGCUGCCGCCUCGGGUGUGUUGUCUGGCUCGGUCUUCUCGGAGUCGUCGUCAUUGUCGGGCGGUGGAGGGGGGUGCUCGUUGGCUGCUGGGGAGAGGUCCAUGACAGUGGCGUCUUCGGCAUCAUCGUCGGCAUUCGCUGCAGCCUCACCACCACCACCCGCUGCAGCAGCAGCGCCCGCCUCCCCAGCUGCACCUGAAAACACAUACAUACAGAGGGAGAAUUCACACUUGCCAUGUGGUUGCAGUGUCCUUAUCUCACCUGCAUGCUCGUUGUCAUGCUGCGGUGGUGGCGACAAGGGAUGGCCGGCAUCCUCUGCAACCGUCGCGUCGUCGUCAUCCGCACCGCCCCCGCCCUCGCCAUCCAUCUGCUGCUGCUGCUGCUGCUCUUGCUCUUGCUCCUGCUGCUGGUGGGGGUGUCCUUCAUCAGCUGGAGGGUUCGGUGGCGGCUGGUCAGGGGGAGGCUCGGGGGGCUCCGAUUGGCUGUCAUCACUGUUGGCUGCGAUAUCUGCUGCAAAAAACAGUGCUUGCGACUCUGAUAAUGGAUGGAUCGACACACAAGCACAGGAACAAACAAGGCAUUCAAGUGCGUUUGCCCAUCUCGCCCCCUCAUUUGCACACAGCCCCCUUACCAACGAUGUGACGUCGCCCUCGAUCGUCACUCCCCGGUGCCCCUCCCGACGUGCGUGCGGGCGGUGCCCCCAGAUCCCUCUCGCCCUCCCCCUCCUGCUCAUCGUCGGCGGCAGGUGCGUCGCCCUCACCUCCAACAUCGCCUCCACCAGCAGCUCCAGCCUCUUCGCCAACCUGUUCCUCAUCAUGGUCGACAGCCGCUGCUGCUGCUGCUGCCGCUGGCUGGUAUGGCACCGUGGCGUCUGCCUGGUACACAUCAUGGUACACAUCGUCUUGACCCGCUGGCUCCCCUCGUGGCGGGCUGCCGGGUUGUUCGUCCUCGGUGACGGGUGGCGGCUGUCUGUAGUUGAGCGUGGGGCCUUCCUCCAUGGUGUCUGGGGGGGGCUGGGGCAUAGGGAUGAGAUCCGCACCAUAUGCCUGGGUGGGCUGCUCGUCGCCCGACGGUCUGGGAGGAGGCGCGGGAGGCUGUUGCUGUCUCACCGGUGGCUGGUUGGUGUCUGUCAUUGGCUGUGUGGGUGACUGUGAGAGCCGUGGGGCGGCGGGGGGAGGGGGUGGGGGCGGCAUAGGUGGCGGGGAGGGCAUCAGCCGACGGUCCAGCCACUGCUUGAAUGCUGGGACCAUGACGAAGCGACAGCGGACGGCUGCAAGCGAUAGGGAAGAACACACAAUCAUGGUGAGCGACGUUGCUAUCCGUUGUGUGUGAGCGAGGGGAGUGAGGAGUGUCCGCCCGCUUACAUCCAAAUCGAAUGAUGCAGCCGUCGGACAGAUCGUAUCGCACGCCUGUCUUCAGUUUCUUCUCUCUGUUCUCUCUGUUCACAAAGCUGAACACGCGCAGACCCACACAUCACCAUGCACAAAACACAAGGAACGGUCGCUGCGUUGCGGGCUGCGAGUGUUACAGGCAGGCCUACAAUGUGCCAUUGCUGCUGCCGGCGUCACGCAUUUCGACGUUAUCACUCUCCACAUCUGAACACACACACACACACACACACACGCACACGCGCAUUAUGUUGUGCACGCACACAUGGGCGCCUGGCUGGUCUCCCUACCUAUGAUUGCGUGUUUCUUCGAGACGGUGAGACUGCUGUCGCCCUCCACGAGCAGGUGCACACGAUGGCUGUGGACAUCCUCCCCGUCCACAGCGACCUCCUCACCCUGCGAAACGAACGAACAGACGUCAGUCACGCAGAGGCAGUUGCGCGCAGAGUCAGUGUGGGCUGACCUCUUCCUCAUGCCGUCGUCCGAUGGUGUUGGCGCCCUUGCGUAUGGCGAAGCGAGGCGGGUCGGGAGCAGCAGUGCCCUCUAACACAAGAUGACCGACCUGAGUGAUGACACACACGCAGAUACGGACAGUGGAUGAGCGAGCAGAAGUAACUCACGCGACGUGUGUUUGGUCACCUCCUCUCCGAAGAAUUCCGAUUCCCGGUCGUCAUCAUCGAAAUUGCCGUACAGCUCACCAUCUGAGUCAAGCAAAGCCAUCCAUCCAUCCAUCGUGCUGCCUUCCCUGCCUGCCUGCCUGCCUGCCUGCCAGCCUGCUUACUCAUCGGCUGCGUCGCCAUCUUGUCUGUGCGAUUGACUCAGCAAAGCGCCACUGCUCGGCUGCGUGAUUCAGCAGCCCUCCCCUCACUCAAAGACGACGGACGCCAGCCGGCGGAUGAAUCAACAAAGCUAUACAGCCGAUGUCGCGCAGGUGAAGCAAAUGUUGCUGCGCAUCAAGAAACACAUCAUGAGCGGCACCGUGCCUCCAUCACCG